UCCUUUUUUAAAAACAUCUUUUCAAGAGAUGAAGUUCGCAUGAAAACGAGUUCCAAAAUGAUGAAAAUUUUGGGAAGAUUGGCUUUGAUACUAAUUGUGUCAUGUCAUGCCAAGGCUAAAGAUUCCAAACAGCCACAUAUUGUGUUCAUGAUUGUAGAUGACCUGGGGUUUAGUGAUGUUAGUUUUCAUGGAUCCAAACAAAUACCGACACCCAACAUUGAUGCUAUAGCGAGAGAUGGGAUUAUAUUGAACAAGUAUUACGUCCAAUCAACAUGUUCUCCAUCUCGUGGAUCUUUAAUGACAGGAAAAUAUCCCCUACGAAUUGGAUUUCAGGAUGAUGUUAUUACUGUAGCUUCUCCUUGGGGUUUGCCAUUAAAAGAAAAAAUUCUACCUCAGUAUUUGAAGUCUUUGAAUUAUGCGACACAUGCAGUGGGCAAAUGGCACUUGGGAUUUUUCAAGGAAGAAUAUCUUCCUUUGAAGCGAGGUUUUGAUUCCUUUUUUGGUUACUAUUCUGGUGUAGAAGAUUACUUCACACAUUUGGCUAGAGAAUCAAACAAUUUGAAGAAACGGCGCAAACAAUUUCCUUUUGAAAGCCAUCUCACAUCUCCUUUGUUCCUCUACUUUGGGCAGCAAGCUCCUCAUAGCGGGAAUUUCGAUAAUGCAUUACAAGUUCCAGAUAAAUACGUUAAACCUCUUGUAGGCAUUAAAGAUGAAAGGAGGAGAAAAUUUGCUGGUAUGGUACAGGCUAUGGAUCAGUCAGUUGGAGAAAUAUUUGAAGCUUUAGAGAAAACAUCUAUGUUGGAUAAUACCAUAUUCAUAUUUACCACCGAUAAUGGUGGUGCUGUGGAUGGUACAGAUGGAUGCUUGGGCUCAAACUAUCCCCUCAGAGGAAGUAAAUACAAUCUCUGGGAAGGUGGAGUCAGAGGUGUAGCAUUCGUAUGGAGUCCUGUCUUGCGUCAUAGGAGUAGGAUUUCUAAUGAAUUGAUGCAUAUAAGCGACUGGCUACCCACUUUGUUGUCAGCAGCAGGUGGUCCAGAAGCCGCAAAGGUUUUGAAAAACGUAGAUGGCGUGGAUCAGUGGCCAUCUCUUGUUCACAAGGUGCCAUCACCGAGAAAAGAAGUUCUACUUAACUUGGAUAGUGAAUCAAGGGUUGUGGGAAUUCGAAGGAAAAACUAUAAACUUGUAAAAGGAAGCUAUUAUGAUGGAGUUUUUGAUGGCUGGUAUGACAAAGAUGGAAAGUCGAUAAAAGGUUCGCCUCCUCGUACUCCAGUUGGAAUUCAUACAACUUAUAAAAGAACAUAUUUAAAGUUUCUGAAACGGUCUAAAGCUGCGAGAAUUCUGUGGCGAAAAUAUGCCAAGGAUCCUCGAUUGGCUAUUUCAUGUAAUGUGCCCGGAUGUUUGACCUUCCCAAGGGCCAUAUGUGAAGGUGUGCCACCCUCUGAAGACAAAAGAUGCAAUGCUAACAAAGAACCCUGCCUCUUUGAUAUAGAAGCUGACCCGUGUGAAUACUACAACCUCGCAGAACAAUAUCCAGAGAUGGUGAAGGAACUUGAAGCAGCCAUAAACAAAUAUAAGGCAGUUGAAAUAAAACCAGUGCAAGAACCAAUAGACCCAGCCUCAAAUCCUCAGCUCCAUGGAAAUGCAUGGGUACCAUGGAAAUAAUUUUAAAUUGAUUAAAUCUACUACCAGAAAAAGACUAAGAGAAACUGAUGUUAUGAAACAGUCACUGUCGUGUACUUAUAUUAAAUAUUUAAAAACGAUUAUGUUUAAACUACUCUUUUGUUACUGGUACAAAAAUGCAAGAUUCUGAUCAUAUUUGAAUUAUACAUUGGGCCAAAUGUUAAAUGUUACUGGACUAAAAUAAUACUCAGAAAUUCCGAGUAAAGUUUUACGAUUAUGUUGCAGCGCAGUUUCUGUAAAAAUGGUAACAUAAGGAUUUGAAACUCUGUUCGCUAAAAUUUCCUUAUUGAUUUAAUAUUAACACUUUGCACUAUUAAAGUUUUGGUGAUAAAUUUUCAAAAUUCAUAUUCUCUGAAUAUAUUUGGAAUAUUUAAGUACUGAAUGAAUAAUGAAUAAAAUGACAUUUUAUUUCACAGUUUGCGUUAGAAUAUAAAUGAAAUUUAGUAAUGUUAGCAAGUUAUUUUUUAUAAUUAGUGAAUUUUUUUAUUUUAGCAAUAUUGUGAACUCAAAUUCCAUAUACUUAUAGCUUAUUCGUUUUUUGCAAUAUCUAACGAAACUACGUUAAAAAUUUCUUUUAAUUUUAGUAAAACUAUUGAUUCAGAAUUUAUUUUCAUAUAGUUUGCUUUAAUGAAAGGUUAUUACCAUAUUUUCAAGAUUUUCUCAAAUUAUCCGCGAAGUAAUUUGGAAAUUCCUUCAUACUCGUGGAUUUAGUUAAAAUAAAAAGAUAAUGACCUGCUCAGAAAAUCUUUUAAUUUUGCGUAUAAUGUUACAAAUACGUUUUAUUUUGCUUUUUAAAGACCAGUUAGUUACUCCAGAAAUCGAUCUAUAAGUAAAAAAUUCGAUAAAUGUUUUUUUAAUGAGAAUAAGUUAAAAUAACUUUUUUAUGAAAAGAUACACAUAAAAUAAUUCAUUUAGGGACAAAAGAGCUAAAUACAUAAUUUUCAACGAAAAAAAAAACAUAUUUCGAAAACCUUCAUGAAUCAGACAAGUUAUAAGAUAUUUUUUCAAUUAUGUUCAUAAAACAAAUAAAUGGAAUCGAAGUUGUUAUUGUGGUGAACAAGCGGAGAGCUGUGUUAUUUUUAUUGAAAAUUUUAAUUUUAAUUUUAAUUUUGGGGUUACCACAAAUUGAAAAUGUUAAAGACACUCAUCCGAAAUUAAUUUUGUUACUAAAUUUAUAGAAAAAUGUUUUUAAAAUGCAAUAAAUUUCUUCAUAAAAUUUUAGCCCAUGUCUGUUUUAAAAGACAACAUUAAAAAAAAUCGAUCAAGUCACCUUAAAAGCAUUUAAAGGAAGAAGUUAUCUUAAAAGAAUUUAAAUGGAGAAAAUAUUGCAUGAUUUUCUUUUUUUGUUAUUAUUAUUAUUUUAAGAUAAUGAAUAAAGAAUCAAAGCAGUUCUGGGAUCAAUUUCUGGAAAAAUAUUCGACACAAACUCGUUCAAUUUUUGAGUUCUCAGUAUGAAAGGGAAGGGAUGUUCUAUAGCUGUGAUAGAAAAAUAUAAUUUGACUCUAAAAAUAAAAUUAAGAUUCUUUUUUAGAAAAGAAAGAAAUUUGCAUUCGAAGAACAUUUUGAAUUUCAUUUAGUUGAAAAUAAAAAGAAUUAUUUUCCUUCUAUUUACAUUGAUUUGUACUUUUAAUUAGUAAAUUGAAAAAAAAAAGCAUAUAACUCUUAAGAGAGGAUGGUUUAAAGUUUUUAAAAGUGAAACUAUUUUGCGUUCGCAGUUUGAUUAAUUUUCAAUAUCAAUAUAGGUUUGUAAGCUUUAAGCAAGUAUUUUUUCUCACAUUAUUACAAUCAUUUAUUACAGUUCAAGUUAUUAACUAAAAAAGAAUACAAAAAAGUAAAAAAAAAAAACUUUCAAGCUCAACAAGAGUGAAAAUAGAGUAAAAAUGCUUUGAUAGAACUCUAGACUCUUGCCAGACUCAUAACUUUAGAACCAGAGUCAGGCCACGAUGGCAGUCAUUAUUUACAGUUGUAAUAAAUUACAUAUAAUUACUACUAUGUUUUCAAGUACUUGCAUUUGCAAUUACAAGUAAUUACGAUCAGAAGUAAUCACGUUCCCUGAUUGCAUGAGGUCAUAAUUACUUAUAAUCUCUACUAGAACUACUGUAAUCAUAAUUUCUGAUUACGGUUGGUCAUGUUUACUUAUAAUCUUAACUAGUUAUGAUUACAAGUUAUCAAGAUCUAAAGAUUACAUAUAAUCAUCAAUACUGGUGAUCAAAAUACGUGAUUAUGGCAAUCAGGAUUAAAUGUAAUCGUAGAUUAUGAAUAACUAAAAUUAUGAUUACUUGUAAUUAUGAUUAUUUGGAAAUCACGAAUAGAGUUGCGCCUUUUGGGUGCAUCCAAACCAAUGGUAAAAAAGUGAUCAUGAUUAUAUUUUUUCCUUAAGCUUGGCUGCACCCAAUUUACAGCAAAGUUCAUUUGCAUCUUAUUUUGUCUUUACUUCAAAAAGCUUAUAUGUAUAAAAAUAAAGCAUGUGUAUAAAAGCAUAUAUUUUUAUACAUGAAAAAGUAAGUAGCUAUAAAGUAGCUUUCCAUUCGCAUUUUUUUACAUUGGGAAUUACAGAAUGUUUUCACCAUAAAUUCUUAUAAAAAAUAGAAAAUGUAAAAAAAGAUUUUUACCCAGCUUGAUUGUAUAUAGAAGACGUUUAAUUUAAAGAAAGUCAUAAGCAAUUCUGUCUUUUUAAUUGUAAUUAAUUUUAUUUGGUGAUGAUUUAUUUAGUGAUGAUUAUGAAUGAUUUAUAAAUGAUUAUAUUUGUUAAAUUAUUGAGUGUUUAACUUAAACUUAAUUUAAAUGUACAUAAUAUGUUUAAAUUUAUUUAACUUAAAAAUAUAUUUGUAUUUAGUACUUUUAUGAUUAGCAUCUGUUUCUAUACAGGUAUUUAAAAUUUGUACUGAUAAAAUAAAAUAAAUGUAUUUAAAUUAA